GAAGGACAAGGAGAACUGCUUAAAUAAAUAAAAGAAACUGAACAAAUAACCUUUUGCUAUGAAUGCUGUCUAGUCAGACAAGAAGUCCGUGCAUGCAACUCACUUCCUAGCAGUCACUUCUCAUGAGUUGAUGUACUCCUUGAUAUUUAAUUGGACCAUGGACCGAAUUUAUACAUUCUUCUACCUCAUUUCUUUAUUUCUGUCUGUGAACGGUGGUUGUGUAACUCAGAUUUACCAGGAUACAUAUUUCCAGGGUCCUGAUUUGGUGACAUAUUAUUCUCCCGAUGCAGCAUUUUGUCAGAUGGUUUGCACCUUCCAUCCUCGGUGUCUCUAUUAUACUUAUCUUCCAAAAACCUGGCAAAAUGCAAAAGAAAGGUUUUCCUGCUUUUUAAAAGAAGGUGAUGGAACACUACCAAAGAACGUAACAUUCAACGGAGCUGUUUCUGGACAUUCCUUAAAACAAUGCCAGUCUCAAAUAUCUGUAUGUAUAGAAAAUCUUUAUGAAGGGAUGGAUAUGAUUGGGACAAAUUAUAAUAUCACAAAGGCUGACAACUUCAAGGAAUGUGAGAAAAUGUGCACCAACGAUCACCACUGUCAGUUCUUCUCAUAUGCAACUAAUAAAUUUCACAGUGCAUCGUAUCGGUCAAUGUGCUUACUAAAAUAUACUCAUUCUGGGACACCAAAGCAAGUAAAGAUUUUGGAUAAUGUUAUUAGUGGAUUCUCUUUAAAAAGCUGUCAGCGUUCUGAAAAAGGUUGCAAUUCAGAUUUGUUUCAGGAAAUUGAUUUUUCUGGAGAUGAUGUUACAAGUGUGCUCACACCAGAUGCUGAAGUAUGCCGACUUGCCUGCACAUAUCAUCCAACUUGUUUGUUUUUUACAUUCUUCAAAAUAGAAUCACCUGUUGAAUCCCAAAGGAAUCGCUGCUACCUGAAAACAUCUAAAAGUGGACAGCCAGCUGCUCCAACAAGUCAUGGACAUGCUAUUUCUGGAUUCUCUAUGCUGACCUGUAAAACUCGUAUUCCAGAUUGCUAUUCCAAAUUUGCUCACAAUCUUACCUUCUCAGGAAAUGAUAUAGGAACCAUUGAUGUUACAAGUACCAAGGCAUGCCAAGAUGCUUGUACAAACACAGACCGCUGUCAGUUCUUCACCUAUACUGCACGUGCAGGAACAUGCAAAAAUCAAAUAUGCAAAUGCUAUUUGAAAAUGUCCUCAAAUGGAUUGCCUUCUGGAAUACAACAAAGCGUAGGGGAUAUCUCAGGCUUUUCACUAAGGAUGUGCAGAAGUAGAAUCAAACUGGGAUGUGGACAACCUGUUCGUGACCCCAGAAUUGUUGGAGGAGUUAAUGCUGAAAUUAAGGAAUGGCCAUGGCAAGUGAGUCUGCAGAUAAAGGCAAACACAAUAAAGCAUGUAUGUGGUGGAUCAAUCAUCAACAGCCUAUGGAUUAUUACAGCCGCACAUUGUUUUGAUGUGAUUAAGAAGCCUGAAACAUGGCGUGUUUAUGCUGGCUUUUCUCAGUUGUCCACAAUAACGAGCCAAACAUUUUACUUUAAAGUGAAACAGAUAAUUAAACAUCCUCUCUACCGAGGAACAGAACAUGGUAAUGAUGUGGCUUUACUAGAACUAACAACACCUAUCAAUUUUACAGAUUGUCAGAUGCCUAUAUGUUUGCCACAAAAGGAUGUAAAGAUGGAGUCCUAUGAAAGUUGUUAUUCGACUGGUUGGGGGUAUACACAAGAGCAAGGUUCUGUAUCGGAUAUUUUACAGAAAGCACUAAUACCACAAAUACCAAGGGAUGUAUGCCAAUCAAAGUAUAAGAACUACAAUAUAAGUAAUUUGCUACUAUGUGCUGGUUUUAAGGAAGGGGGUAUAGAUGCCUGUAAGGGUGACUCAGGAGGACCUUAUGUCUGUAAGAGGCUUGAGGCCUGGUAUCUGAUGGGAAUUACAAGCUGGGGAGAAGGGUGUGCUCAAGCAGGACAUCCAGGAGUUUACACACGUGUCACAGAAUUCAGAGACUGGAUAGAGAAAUAUACUGGAAACUGUAAGACCUGACUCUGUUUUAAGUGACUUGUUUCAUAAUCUGUCAGAUAUAAUUAUUUAAUCAUAGCAGGCAUUAUUCAGUACUAUUGAGCUAAAUGAUGUAUCAUAUCCAGUGUAUUGUGGGGUUUGCAACCCACAACUUUUGGUAAUAU